GUUUUCUUCACACUUAGAAUGCCAAACUUGAAAGGAGAGAUCAUGUCUCAGCAGGUUGGGAAGGUAGAUAGUGAAGUAGAAAUCAAGGUAUCUGCUCGUGCAUUUUACGAGGUUCACACCGGAAGAUUAUAUGACUCACCAAAACUUUGCCCUCACUAUAUUCCGAGGGUUGAUUUAGUUGAAGGUGGAUGGAGAGAUGUGGGUUCAGUUAUGGACUGGUAUCUCCUCUGGGAGGGGAAAACUGUAAUUUCAAAGGAGAUAUAUGAGCACAAAGAUGAUGAAAAAUUGUCAGUCACUUUCAGAGUAAUAGGAGGAUUACUGAUGGAGGCGUUCAAAAGUUUCAAGUUCAUUAUUCAAGCCACUCCAAAGGAUAAGGGCGGAUGUUUGGUCCGCUGGACACUUGAAUAUGAGAAACUGAAGGAGGAUGUUCCAGAUCCAAAAGAAAUGCUUCACUUUGCAGCUGAUCUUACCAAAGAGAUGGAUGCCAAUCUUGUCGGCCACUAAGACCUCAACAUAUAAAAACAUCAUUAAUAUUAAAGGUCGGAUUUCAAUAAGACCAUGCAUGCAUGCACCAUGCAGUGUUGGUCAUGUU